AUGGCUGUCAUGCUCGUUCCUUCACUGCUUCUGGUCCUCAGCGCCUCGGCUGUUCACGGGAGGGAGUCGUCGAAAGAGCACCGUUUCCAAUCGUUUCCUUGUACAUAUGUAUUUCAGUAUGACACGGAAGCUUUGCAAGAGGCAUUGGCAACGAAUCGACACGCUGUCGCCUACUUCACCUCGAUCGAUGACCCCAGCGAGCGGUGCCUGAGAGCCGACCUCAAAGAAUUAGAUGAGCACCGAGCCGUCUACGUUUUUCACUCCCAGAGCCAGGAUGGCCAAUCCGGUGGGCAUACACGUGACUACUGCAUCAAUGUCACUGCAAUCGAAUCUGGAGGAUUCCCCUUGGGUCCCUGUGACGGCAGUGAGCCACCUGGCAUGGCUCAGACGCUUUUCUUUGACGGCCACAGCUGUUUUUGUGCUCGAUAUCCGCUUUUCGGCACCGAGCAAUGCAUGCUUUGGGUAGAAGACGAAUACAAGGAUUCCGUGUCUGACGAAUGCCUGCAAGGCUAUGACCAGAACUGCGGGUCAAAGAAGUACAAACUGUACGACAGCGAGCAGUGCCGCUAACGCUGCUCGACAGCUCGUGCUCAGCACGCUUUGCGUAAUGUCGCACAAACAUCUGUGAUUUACUCCGUUUCUGUACGCCUGGAAAUAAAAUGAUAUAGAA